GUUCACCUAUGUACCUGUACUGGGGGUCAAACUCUGUUAUUGGGUCACGUGAAAGACAAGCAGCAUUGGCAUCCUGCAAGACGUGUGGUAGAAGACCCUCAGUUGAUGGGACAAGGUCUCCCUCUAGUGGCAAACUUACCACAAUUGGUCUGGACUGA